CGGAUCCGAGACCUUGAAGGAGCUUUGCAAGUGGAGAAGGCCAGCCAAGCAGAAGCAAUCUCUGACUUGGAAAUGUUCAAAGGCAAAUUUAGAGAAGUAGAAAACGCCUACGAGAGAGAGAAGCGUAAUGCUCAUGAGAGCUUGGAAAAAUUCAGCACAUUACAAAGGGAGCAUCUAGCUGCAAAUGAGCAGCUAAACGAAGAGGUAGAAGAAAAGGAGAAAAUAAUUAAAGACCUCUCUGAGACACUCCAGGAUAAUGAAAAAAGUUACAAAGAAUUACAGGCUGAACUUCUUCUGACCAGGAAACGACAGGCCUUCCUAGCAGAGACAUGUGAAAACAAUGUGAGAGAGCUGGAGUCACUUCUGGACAGCUUUACUAUGUCAAGCCAGUGGACAGCAGGCAUUCAUAAGGACAAAGAUAAAACUCCGAGCUUCACUCUUGUCCUUGAGACUUUGAGGUGUACCUUGACAGAUUACCAGAACAAGCAGGAAGAGGCAUCUAAUGAGCUAGAGAAAAUGACAGUUCUUUCUGAGAAAAUGGCAAAAGAACUUGAGGCUUCCCAACACCAGCUCAGAUCUCAAACUCAAGAACUUCAGGUAAAACAUGACAGUCUGACUGAUACCAAGAAGGAGUUAAAUAAUCUGCAAACUAAGUGUGCAGACAGAGAAUCUUUAAUAGCUACAUUAAAAAUGGAACUACAAAACGUAUUGCAUUGCUUGGAGAAAGAGAAAGUGUAUUGUACAGAAUAUAAAAAUGAAAUUCAGAAGCUCACAGAGACUUAUGAGAAGGAUACAGAGGAGAAGCUAACUUUCCUCCAUACUUUGUACCAGCACUUGGUAGCAGGCUGCGUUCUUAUAAAGAAAUCAGAAGGCAUCCUGGAUAAAUUCUCAUGGUCGGAGCUUUGCACAGUCUUGCAAGAAAAUGUUGAUACGUUGAUCUCAGACCUCAACAAGGCUAAUGAGAAGGUAUCACACCUUGAAUAUGUUUGUAAAAAUAAGUCAGAUACAAUGAAGGAGAUUCAACAAACCCAAGAAGAGACUUUGAAGAAAUUUGCAGAACAGAUGAAAGCUCAAGAAAGCUGUUGGUUAAAGCAGAAGAAAGACUUGGAACAGCAAUAUUCUGUACUCCUUGGGGAAGUUCACAACAGGGCUCAGAAAUACCAAGACAUGGCAGAAAAAGCUAAAGAGAAGUUCUCUGCUACUGAAAAAGUCCAAGAGCAAUUACUCCUUGAGAAUUCGCACCUUAAAGCUUUGUUGACGCAGACUCAGAAAGAACAUAGAUCUCUGCUGGCGGCUUGCGCGCUGUUGUCUGGGGCACUGUAUCCUCUGUACUGUCGGUCCUGCGCCCUCUCGACCCAGAGAGAUGUUCUUCAGGAUCAGGUCAACACCUGUGACAUGUUCAAGCAAGAAAUCAGGGCACUGGCCAGUGCAUUGUGUGAAACUGAGGAGAGGAAGCAAAGCAAGGGGAAGAAGAAGAGGCAUUCCAGAAGCUGGAUACACAUUUUCCGAAAAAGCGUUAUUGCGGUGCUGGCUGUCCACAGGCUUCAAAUGUUAUGCAGCCAGUCGUGCAGCUCCCUUUUCUCCUGGGUAGAUGGUGUCAGAGCAGGCAUAGGAAUCCCUGUCUGCAUUGGAGAUUCCAAGGAUGUGCAUAGUCUGUCAAGACAACAAAAGGAGCAGAUUCGCUGCCUCCAAGCAUUCAGUUGGUUUACCAGUUGUGACCUUCUUACUGCAGUCCUUAGUUCUAUGGAUGAGCUACAAGAAGUAAUUAACAAGGCAGAUAUGAAAUCCUGGCUUUCGGGGCACUUGCUCACCAACGCAGCCAAAAAUUCAUUUUCAAAACUUAUGGAGAAACUUUGCGUCGUGAUGGAAGUUACUCCAGUGGACAGCAGUCGGAGUAUGACUUAUGUAGAGAAAAACUCCUUGGUUCAAAGGCUGGCUCGUGGGCUCCAUAAAAUAAACGCCCAGACCCUCGAAGCAGGCAUAACUGACAGGACCCCUGCUACGAAAACCGUAGCAUCCUUGCAGAAGCAGAUAUUUGAAUUUACACAAAGGCUGCACACGGCAGAAGUAGAACGGCGGUCACUGCGCUUGGAGCUCACAGAAUUCAAACGGAAUUUGAAUGAGAUGAAGAAAGAGGCUGACAAGGCUCAUAGUUUGCAAGAGCAAUUAUAUGUGUUUAAGCAAUCCAAAUUGAUCACCCACGAGAGGUUUGAAAGUGCAUGUGAAGAACUAAAUAAUGCAUUACUCCGGGAGCAGCAGGCCCAAAUGCUUUUGAAGGAACAGGCGCAGCAGCUCCAGGAGUUGCAGUUUAAACUGGAAUUGCAUUCUUCGGAAGAGGCAGACAAAAACCAAACUCUCAGCGAUGCCGUAAAGAAUCUCUCCGAGGCAAAGAUGGAGCUGAGAAGAAAAGAUCAAUCUUUGCGUCAGCUCAAUAGACAUCUUACCCAGCUGGAGCAGGACAAGCGUCGGCUGGAACAGAACAUCCAUGAUGCAGAGAAUGCCCUCCGCAUGGCAGCCAAAGACAAAGAAUUAAUUGUUAGUCAUAUGAAAUCAGUGGAAUCUAUCUUUCAAAAUGUCAGAGAUCAGAUCUCGCUGUCGUGGACUACAGCAAGUAGGAACGACUUCGCCCUGCAGCUGCCUAAGCUGCACCUGGAGACCUUUACAAUGGAAGGGCUGAAAGGCGGGCCAGAGGUUAUAGCAUUCCAGGCGAUGAUUAUAAGUUUCAUAGAUGUCUAUCAGUUUGCAUGCUCAAGAGUCUCUGCAUUAGAACGAGAAAUAACAUCCCAUCGGCAUCACAUUGCAACUCUGAAAUCAGAACUCCAAACAGCUUGUCUUCGGGAAAAUGAAAGCUUACACUCAUCAAAAUUGAAAUCCUACUGUACAUCGUAAUUUCAGCUUUCAGAUGUAAAACAGGAUUCACGAAACGCUUCAAGCAUCCAUACUGUGUCAAGUUCUUUACCCCAGCUAGAUCAAGGCUGUCUUCCAGGGUUUUUGCCA